AUGUUUUUUGAACGUUCAAUCACCAGCUUUGUUCACAUCAAUUCAAGCUGUCUUGAUUAUUCUUCAGGUCGAACAACUGGUAUAGUCCUUGAUUCCGGUGAUGGUGUAACUCAUGCUGUACCAGUGUAUGAAGAAUUUUCUUUGCCUUAUGCUAUUCGCAGAAUUGAUAUUGCAGGCCGAUCUGGUUAUAAUUUCCAUACCACUGCAGAAAAAGAAGUUGUACGUACUAUAAAAGAAAAGAUUUGUUAUGUUGCAAUAAAUCCGAAUAAAGAAGAAAAAGAUACCAAUAGAGAAUUUAGUGAUUAUGUAUUACCUGAUGGUAGUGUUGUUAAGUUGAAAACUGAAAGAUUUAAAGCGCCAGAAAUCUUAUUUAAACCGGAAUUGAUUGGAGAAGAAGUAGAUUUAGAUUUAGGAAAAUCUUUAUUUGCAAAUGUUGUGUUAUCUGGCGAAUCAACACUUUACAAGGAUUUUGGUACAAGAUUGCUGAAUGAGGUGAGGAAAUUGGCCGUCAAAGAUAUUAAAAUUAAGAUUUAUGCACCACAAGAAAGAAAAUAUAGUACAUGGAUAGAUGAUGAAUCUAUAUUAGUAGCUCAAGAAGCUGAAGAAAAUCCACAACAUUAA